AUGGCAGUAGGGGCCUUUUGCUGGACUCACGCGCCGGAAGCGCCGCCGGAGACGGCGACGGCCACCGGGCACGCAGGGGAAGGCAAAGCGUUACGAAUAGCAGCGCUGGAGGAUGCCGGCCAGGAAGCUUCAGAUGAAGAGGAGGGCGAAAGCAUAGUUCAGGACGCCUUUUCGAGAAGAGGCGCGCUAGGAAUGAGCCGCCGUGUCGGACCAAGUGCUGGCAAGGAUGAGGGAAUUUUCGGAGUGCCGACGACUACGAAGAAAGAAGAGCAAGUGGUGAGCUUGUUUUGGGGGGGCUUGUCCCCUUCCAAGUUGUUUGAAGAGGAAGAUGGCACGAAGCCAUAUCAAGCUACGGUGUACGAUGUAAGAAAGAUCUCCUGGCUCAUCCAUUCUACAGCAGAGACACUCUAUCUGGGACUGGCGUUGGCAGUAGCGAUUUCGCUUGAUGAUCUAGACGAUCUUCCGUCUUCCUUCGAGCGGUCCAGACGUCUUGCCAGGGGACAUCAAGGUAUUGUUAUUCUGUUUUGUAUGCGCAUAUCGAAUCUGCAGGCCACGGAUAUUUCUAUCCAUCCGAAGGUUGAUACCCUGGAGGAGUUUUUUGAGUCUACUGAGAAAAGAAGAACCUUGGCUAAGUUAGUGCGGGCAGUCGUCAAGGAGAUCGUGACUGAAGGCGAAGAGGGGGAAGCGGGAGCAGGCGACGGCAGUAAAGAGCUCGCGCAGGGCGAAGGAGAAGAAUCAGAAGAAAAAAUUGUAAAGGCGCUGAUGCUUGGUGCUGAGAUGGGCGAAUUUACGAGACCAGGGGCGACGCAGCAGCGGAUCGACUAUGUGAAACCCUGGGGAGGUUCGAAAAAGGGAGGCCUAAAAAAGAGGGACUGGACUAAGCUGAGGCGUAUCAUUGGACCCUUCUUAGAGAAGGAAGUUGAAGAUAUUGUUCUUCAGGUUUGCACUUAUGGCUCUAUUAACACGAAGGAUAAUAACGAUGCCAACGAUUUUGCCUAG